AGUGCGACAGACAGGCAGCAGCGGCGGGGCUUUCAUUACGACGUGGGGUAGAGACAAAGCGAUGGAUCCGGACUCAACCCCAAAAUGUUUCUGAUAACGUCUUCGUGUGAGGAGCUUCAGAAAUCCGCACAGGGGCGUCUACAUUUCACAACAUUGCUUAGCCAGAUCAUGGUAAAGGAGUCCCAUUGUUGACUGGCGUAGGGGAGGCUUCACCAUGUCCUGGGGUGGGUGUCAUGAAGACAGGAUGUGAUGUCACGUGGGGGGAUGGCAGAGAAUGGACACAGCCAUGGGGGGAAAUCUGUCCAAAUAUGCCCCCAUCUUCCUCGUCCUCGCACUGUCAGGAAUUCUCUUCCUCCUGCGGAACAUGCACACAUUGGAGAGGUGGAACUGCCAGUCGGUGUCCUCUCUCUACCAGCUCCAGAGCAGCAUCAGCUCUGCGUUCAAGCCCUCCGGGGACUUCCUGCCCCUGGACCACAACCACACGUACUGCCCCUUCCUGGGCCAGGAGCCGUCCAGCGAGGAGGCCCAUGAGGAGCGCUACCUCCUGGAGUCCAUCUCCUGGCCCGAGCCGCCCACGCCGGGCACGCCGCCGCUCCGCUUCAGCAGCGACCCGGCCCGCAGCUACUUCGUGAUCCAGCUGCCCGCCGGCGGCAGAGGCGCCUCGGGCCAGUCGGCGUGGCGCCUGGGCGGGAAGCUGGAAGUGGAGGUCCACAUGCUGAACUUCCUGGGCCAGCCCAAGAAGCACGGCGGCGACUUCCUGCUGGCGCGCAUCUACUCGCCGGAGCUGGGCGCGGGCGCCUCGGGCCGCGUCACCGACCGCCAGAACGGCCUGUACGCCGUGGAGCUGCCGCUGCUGUGGCUGGGCCCCGCGCAGGUGGAGGUGAUCCUGGUGCACCCGAGCGAGGUGGUGGCCGUGCUGCGGCGCCUGCGCGAGGAGCAGCCCGACCGCGUCUACUUCAAGAGCCUCUUCCGCUCCGGCUUCCUGUCCGAGACCACCGUCUGCAACCUGUGCCUGCGCACCGGGCCGCACCAGCCGGCGGUCUGCAACUACACCGACCCGCACUCCGGCGAGCCCUGGUACUGCUACAAGCCCCGGCUCCUGGACUGCGACACGCGCGUCAAUCACGCCAAAGGGGGCUACAAGAAGCACCUGCUCACCACCACCGAGUCCAUGCUGUUCAUGAGCUCUACUAUUAAAGCUCCCAUUCAAGCCCUCGGGAUGGACAACAUAACGAUUUCACCCGCUGUCAGAGAACUGUCAUUGAUUCGACGAGACAGAUCAAAGUUCAUGCCAUCUGGCUAUUACUACCAGGGCUCUUGGAGGCCUUUAUCUGGGAUCCCCAUACAGCAGUUCAAUGACUCAUUUGCCAUUACUCAGUGUCUGCGUGGAAAGCUCUUGUACAUGUUUGGAGACUCCACUGUUCGACAGUGGUUUGAGUACCUCAAUGCCUUCGUUCCAGAACUGAAAGAGUUCAACCUCUACAGCCCAAAGAACGUGGGGCCCUUCAUGGCGGUGGACAGCGUCCACAACAUCCUGCUGCAGUACCGCUGCCACGGCCCGCCCAUCCGCUUCUCCACCGUCUCCGCCAGCGAGCUGCGCUACGUGGCCAACGAGCUGGACGGCCUGCCCGGCGGGCCCGACACGGUGGUGGCGCUGAGCGUCUGGUCGCACUUCAGCACCUUCCCCGCCGAGGUGUACGUGCGGCGCCUGCGCCACAUCCGCCGCGCCGUGGCCCGCCUGCUGGACCGGGCGCCGGGCACGCUGGUGGUGCUGCGCUCGGCCAACCCGCAGAAGCUGGACGCCGAGGUGAGCCUGUACAACAGCGACUGGUUCUCCGCGCAGCUGGACGCGGUGCUGCGGGCCAUGUUCCGCGGCCUGCGCGGCGUGGUGCUGCUGGACGCCUGGGACAUGACGCUGGCGCACCCCACGCAGCCCCACAUGCUGCACCCGCCGCCGGACAUCGUCAAGAACAUGAUCGACCUCAUCCUGUCCCACGUGUGCCCAGCCAAAAAGGACAAGAAGACAUAGGGUGCCUCUCAUGCAGCGUUUAUACGUCCUCCCUCGCUCCUCGAUGCCUCGAUCCUCACUGAUCUACAUAAAGAAUGAUGGGGGGGGGGAAACAAUGGGAUAGUCUAUCCAGUGUUAGUUAUAGAUCAGUGGGAACGCCCCUCGAGGAUCGAGCAUCGAGGAUCGAGGAGGCAUGUUGAGAGGCACCCAUAGCCAGCAGAGGCAUCUGAAAGGGGAAGGGGAGGGACGUGUGUGUGUGUGAAAUGCAAGUCGUUCAGUCGGGGCCAAACAUGAUGUUUUUUUUUUUGUUUUGUCAUGGGGGUAUGUGUCUUUUAUACAGGGUCUCUUUGAGAGUCCCUUUUCCCUCCCUAUUGGAGAAGAGCGAGCGCUGCUGCACUUUCCUGCCCGGAGGCAUCAGCCCAAACGUGAACCGCGCGUUGGGUGUGGACUCGGUUCUUUGUCUGAGUAGUUCCCACCUCCUUUUAACGGCAAUUUGCUCACAGUCCAUUUGAAUUUGUGGAGCAAGAUUGAAUUGGGCGGGGGGGGGGAGGGGAGAUAAGCAGUAUGAUAAGGAAUACAGCGUAGACAUUUUCAAAUAGCCAAAUUGUGUGUUUUAUCUGCCGUCCGAUCCAUCUCUGUCUUGUCUUUGUUGCUUGCCUCCUCUCGAUCUGUCCUCUCUCCUCUCUUUCGUACUGUCUAACAUUUCAUCUUCAACUUCCUGUCAUCUCAAAGUUCUAUCCAGAUCUAUGGUAGUUGUUGCAUUGAGACUGGUAGAAAUCAGUUCAACACACAAAAGACAGGACCACACUUUCAAACAGUGCUGUGUUCUACAGUGCACUGAAACGCUGCCGUGUCUUGCUGCAGAUGACCUGGUCAGGGACUAUUCCAUCUUUCUGCUGCUAUUGCUGUUGUUCCAAAUAACUGAUGGUGUAUAAAGUUGUGACAUUACUCCAAGGUGUGGUGCCACGGGUAGGCUGUUAGACUUAAAACAAUGUUGCAUUACUACAGUAAUUUCCCGUGUAUAAGCCGCAGGGCAGUGUUUUAUGCAAGUUAAAUGAAACAAAACCAUAUUAAUUGCCCCCGUGUAUAAACCUCAUUGUUGAAGAAAUCUUGCAAAAUCGAUGUAUAAGCUGUGGCUAAUAGUCGGGAAAUUACAGCAAAGACAUGAGCUAUUUCUCAGUGUUGCAUUGCAUUUUGCACAUGUUGUCGUACAAGCUUAGCCAUGAAACAAUCACCAACAGAACAACAACAAGCACACAGCAUAGUCCCCAUAGUCUGUUCCCAUUAAAGGGAUCAGUUGUCUGUCUGAGACCAGCCACACUGAUGAAUGCAAACCACAUACACAUUGCACAGGACACGAUUAGUACAACUAUUUCUCAAAGUAAGAACUGAACAGGCUAGAUAUCUGAAGAGAGGUAGGCCACAUUGACCAGUAUGGUAUCACUGAACACCGGCUUUGCAGUGGUGGAAGAUCAUGAGUUUCACAUCAAUUUCAGUGCAAUAAGGUCUUUAAUUUGACCCAAAGGAGUAAAUGUAAGCCUAUAUAAUUGUUUUUGUAUUUUUUUAACUUGGCUUCAAGGUUUUGAUCAAGAAGAAUCAGAGAAUGCCGAAAUUAACAUUGUAAAGCAAUGUCAUGAUUCAUUAUGUGUAUUAUACAGGAUACAGGCAUGUAGAUACUCUGGACAUAGGACAUGCCACAAUUAAUUAGUCUCAAUCAGUGUAAUCUGCACAACUCGUUGUAGCGUUUGCUUCUAAUACCAGUGGUCCACUGUCAUGCUUUUAUCACGUAACCAUUUGGCUACUUGGAAAUGUAGCUGCUUACUGUGUACUCUUUGCCACUGUGCCAUUUGUUUCACGGAAAAGCCAUUACAGUAAGGCUCAUUACCAAACAUCACUGGAAAACCGGUUUGAGCACAAUUUUGCCUGAACAAAUACAGUCUAACACUCACAUGGGGUGCCAACUAGUUCAAGCGUAAAAGACUGCUUAUUUUCACCAAACUGUUUUGUGCGCAUAAUUCCUUGAUGGCCAAUGUGGAACUUGCUUAAGAUAAAAUAAACUAUUAUGCAUCUUGAGAA